AUGCCCGCGGCGCUCCCGCGGCACCAGCAGCCUCCGCAGCAGCGCCGGCAGCGCACCCGCCUCUCAGGCGGCCACGGCCUCCAUUGCUCUCCCCGCCGCCGCCGCCGCGCGGCACUGCGAGCCCGGCCCCGUGCGGCGUGGUCACAUGCUCCGCCCGCGCCUCGGGCGCUCGAACCCGCGCCCGCCGCGGCCCCGCCCGGCUUCGCCCCUGGACCGCCGGGCCCUGCCACGGGACCUGGAGAGCCCGGUUUCCUUUCGAGCCCUCCGGGAAAGAAGCCGAGGGACGGCUGCCUUCCCCUGGGGGUGGUGGUGCCCAGAAAUCGGAGCUGA